GGAAUCGUCGUAAUUAACAAUUUUAAUUUUCCUACUAUGACAUAGUGCGCAUUCAUCUUUAUUCACCUUGAUGAAUUUUUUAAAAUUAUAAUUAUCUUUUAUAAAUUGAACUACCAAACCUUGUGAAAUGGCUACCAAACACCGCCAUGCGAUAUCAAAAAGAAUGUUUAAAAAAUAUUUCAAUUUUUAAAGUGCUCAUGUAAAAUUUUUUGUCCAAAACUACUUAUUUCAAAAAUUUUUUAUUGUUACUACUAUAUUUAAUUAUUACAUGAUUAUAUUUAAUGAAAUUCAUACAAAAUUUUGUGAAAUACUAUUUUUUAAAUAAAUUUACAAAUGAAAUUAGGAAAAAAAUUAAUAAGUUUAGAAAUACAAUUUGAAUUUUCGCGCCAGAAGACUAUGCGCAUUCACAAACACGCACUCUUAUAAAAGCUUUAGAAAUAAUUUAUCUUUUAUAGUUUUGACCACCAAAUCUCCAAAAUUGACUACCAAACACCACCAAACGACCACCAAACGAUAUCAAAAGGAAUUUUCAAAAAAUACUAAUUUUUGGAGUGCUGUCGUGAAGAUGGCACUCUAAACUUGAAAUCUGUAUAAUUUUUUCAAUUUUGACCACCAAACCUCCAAACCUGAAUACCAAACACCACCAAACGACCACCAAUCGAUUCCAUACAAGAAAACCUGUUUUCCUUUAACUUGGUGUGCCAUCUUCACGGGGCUCCUAUGUUGUGUUAGUGAAACUCGCCAGCAUUAAAAAUUGCUUUCAACUUUGUUAUAAUAAGAAAACCAGAAAAAAAAAUCAAAGUUUUUCCAAUGGCUGAGGAAAGAGAAGAUAUGAAACAAAAGCUAAGUGAACUUCAUUGUCCUUUUACUUGGGACAUGACCAAAUUUGAAUUAAGUAAUUGGGAUAAAUAUGAAUUGAAGUAUCCUACGUAUCACGAGAUAUUCGACCCUCAAUCUCAGUUUAUAAAACAUUUAAUAGUGGCUUAUAAACAAAUAUUAAAACAAGAAUUUAACGAAGCCAAGGAAAGCAUUGGCGAAAUUGAAAAAUUAAUUGAUCACUUCAAAGAUUUAAAAAAAGACGUAAUGGAACAUAUUUUUUUAUCGACGAAAGUUCAUUUUCUAAUGAAAAAAGAAGAUUUUGAUGAGGCAAACAAUAUAUUAUUCAAUAUUCAAAGUAUUGAGGAUAAAAUAUAUUUGAGUAUAAUAAAUGAAAUUAAAGCUGCAUUAUGGACACAUUGCAAUGAUUUCACGCAUACAGCCAAAAUUGCCAUAACAUUUGCUGAGCUUUCAUUAAAAUAUGAUCCCAAUAAUGCAACAUCGCAUUAUCUUCUUGCCAAAAAUUUGAGGGGAUUGAGAAGAUUAAUUUCAUGUCACACUUCAUCCAAUGAAGAGGAGAUUCUACAUUUUAAAAGAGCUUAUGAACUUGAAAAAAAUCCUAAAUUUGCUAUUUUUUUGGGACAAGCAUAUAAAGAAAAAAAUUUGAAGGACAAAGCAGAUAUUAUAUUUCAAGAAAUUCACAGUAUGAAUAUUCAAAGUCGCAAAAUUAAUUUGCGUUUAUCUUUAUAUUUUCUUAAAAAUAAUUUUUUGGAUAAAGCAGAAAAAUGUUUGACCUUUGUUGAAGCAGGAGAUUCAAAAAGUUCCUGGUUUUUGCAUUACAAGGGGCUCUAUUUAAUGAAAAAAAAUAAAUAUGAGGAGGCAGCUGAGUGCUUUAAAGAGGCGUAUGAUCAAAACAAUUAUGGAGCUGAUUUAGGAUAUGCAAAAUGUAUGCGAAUACUAAGAAAACGCUUCGAUUUUAUUGAUUUUUUUUUAAAUCUGAUCAAAAAAUAUCAUCACGAUACCGACAAGUUUAAAGAAAAAGAAAUUUAUUUACAUAUUGCUUUCACUUUUUUUGAUAUUAAAAGAGACAUUCGUGAAGCUAUUAAAUAUUUUUAUCAAGCAUUUCAAGUCAAAUCCCCUGAAUUCAAAAUGGAAAGAUACCGUAAUCCUCUCACGGAUAAAAAUGUAAACGUAUAUAAUUUUCUUUCGAAUCAUGUUUUUCCGAAAAUUGAAAAUUACAUCAAAAACAAGACAAUAUAUCUGCCUGAAGAAGUUCUUGUAGCAAACGAAAGGCUUAAAAAAAUAUGUGACGAACAUUUUUCUCACUGACGGAAGAGAAAUUUUCACCAAAAACCAAUACUUAAAUGCUUUUAUAAAUAUUGUAUGUUUUUAAGUAUCAUUAGAAUAAAUAUUACAUUAAAUUUUCUA